UUGGACAACGUACGGAGCUAAACCUCCCCCUUCACCGUGCCUCCGCUGAAGUCGGCGCGGCUUGUUUCCGAGUAAGCAGCAUGCCCAGGGAUCAGCGCAGUGCUGCCCCCUGCAGGCGCUUUCGACUGGCGGGCCUGUUCCUUCUUUCCUGCUUGUUUUACAAGGUCGGUUCGGCACAGAGCAAUAAGCGAGCAGAGGUGCUGCUGCUAUUAGCAGCCGAAGCCGGCAGCGUCCUUGCGCUUGCAAGUUUCUCGGACUGCUGAAACUGGGGCCGCCGCUACUCUUGCGGCAGCGACGAGGGUGUGUCCUAGAGCCCCCACCCUUUGGGGUUGGGGGUGGAGACAGGAGGAGACCGGCGGCUGUGGCGGCAGGAGGAGGAAGUGGAAGUGGCGGAGGAGAAUAGCGGGCAAAUGGAGACCUGAAAGGCUGCAGCAGCCCCAGAGGAAGCAGGCGGGCGAGCGCGCUCCGGGGGCUCCCGCUCUCCUUCCCCACCGCCGCUGCCUGCAAGCUUCGCCCGGUUCUUUUGUGCGGCGCCGGGUUGCCGCUGCCUCAGGCUGCCGGUGGUUCCUCGGAGGCGGGCAGCAGUAGCCGCCACCGCUGCCGCCUUGCGCCUGCUGCUCCAUUAGACGGGCAAAGGAGGAGAGGUUCUUCCUCCGUCACGGGCACCUUUUCCUUGUCCCGGAACCUUCCUAGAUUCGCCUCGCCUCCGAGGGCCUGGAAAAAAGGGUUGCACCCAAUUUGCUGCUGCUCGCAAGGAUCUGGAGCCCGCCCGCCUGCCUGCCUGCCUGAGCCAUGCAAGCCUUUGGCGUGGGGAAGUUUCCGGACGACUGCUGAGAGAUUCCUCUUUCUUUCCAUCCCCACCUCCCUCUCCCAGGGUUCUGCUGCUUAAAAAAAAAUACAGUCUCAAAUAUAUGUGAAAUAGAAAUUCUGAAGACCUGCCCUUUCCCCCUUCUCUCGUCAGAGUUCCGGGCACCCUACAGACUCCACGAGUUCCCUAUAGGGGCAUACAUAUAAAUAUAUGUGAUAUAUAUAAAAUAUAUGCAUGCGAAGUCGCUGCCUGCAUCGUUUUUGCAUACGGGAUUGAAUCCCCCCUCCGUUUUCUUCUGAAAAGAACAACCUGUUCCGGUGAAGUGGAAGGGAAGAUGCAGACGUUUCUGAAAGGGAAAAGGGUUGGUUAUUGGCUGAGCGAGAAGAAAAUCAAGAAGCUGAAUUUCCAGGCAUUUGCAGAGCUUUGCAGGAAAAGAGGGAUAGAAGUUAUACAGCUUGACCUGACCAAACCAAUAGAAGACCAGGGCCCAUUAGAUGUGAUCAUACAUAAACUGACAGAUGUCAUCAUUGAAGCUGACCAAAAUGAUAGCCAGUCACUGGAGCUGGUUCACAGGUUUCAGGAGUAUAUUGAUGCUCAUCCUGAAACCAUAAUUCUGGACCCCCUUCCUGCUAUCAGGACACUGCUGGACCGAUCAAAAUCUUAUGAGCUUAUUAGGCAAAUAGAGGCCUACAUGCAAGAUGAGAGGAUCUGUUCUCCGCCAUUUAUGGAGUUAACAAGUGCAUGUGGAGGAGACACCUUGGAGCAAAUAGAGAAGAAUGGAAUUGCAUUCCCGUUCAUUUGUAAGACGAGAGUGGCCCAUGGAACCAACUCCCAUGAGAUGGCUAUCAUAUUCAAUCAGGAAGGCCUGAAAGCCAUCCAACCCCCGUGUGUGAUUCAAAGCUUUAUCAACCACAACGCUGUCCUAUACAAAGUCUUUGUUGUUGGGGAGUCAUAUACCGUGGUGAAGAGACCAUCCGUGAAGAACUUUUCAGCAGGCAUUUCAGAUAGAGAAUCAAUAUUUUUCAACAGCCACAACGUAUCUAAGCCUGAAUCCUCUUCAGUCCUAACAGCACUUGAUAAAAUUGAAGGUGUAUUUGAGAGGCCAAAUGAUGAUGUCAUUCGAGCAAUCUCGAAGAUGCUGAGGCAGGCCUUGGGGGUUUCUCUCUUUGGGAUUGACAUCAUCAUUAACAAUCAGACUGGUCAACAUGCUGUCAUUGAUAUCAACGCAUUCCCAGGUUAUGAGGGUGUCUCAGAGUUCUUCACAGACCUCCUGAACCACAUAGCUACUGUCUUGCAAGGGCAAGCUCCAGAGGUGUCCCAGCUAAACCAUAGCAAGCACCUGACUGAGCACACCAGCAGCCUGGUGGGAGAGCGGACAUGCUGUGCUAACACAGGCUGCCGAAGCAUGGUGGGCAAAGACUCCUGGAUUGUGGAGAGUGAGACCAACAACUCGGUGAAGCUUCAGCACCAGAGACUAGGCUGUAACUCUGCAAUGUCUCCUAGCUUCCAGCAACACUGUGUUGCCACACUGGCAACAAAAGCUUCCUCUCAAUAACUUAAUCAGUGCCACAGACUGAGAAGAACUCUAGGCUCCAGGAUCAGAGCAGGGUGGUUGGUAAUGCAACUACAAAACAAAACAAAAAUCUCUAUUGGUUCAGUGUGAUUUUGGAAAGGAGAACAGAAUCAGUGAUCUGGGUCUACUUCAUCAGAUUCCUAUUGUAGCUCUGUAGUGAGUUUAUGCGUGUGUGUGUGUGUGUGUGUGUCUUAAACACUAAAUCUUAAUGUUGGAGAAUGGGGACUAUGUUCCCCCCUCCACCCUCUUCCUUCUUUGUAAUUAUUAGUGACCAGAAUUUCAAGGAUGAACCUUGCAGAAUUGAUGAUUGUGUUUGAAAAUUUGCACAUAUGAAUUCAACUGCCCUUCUUGGCUCUUUCCCAGACCACUCCAAAGAGGAAAGCAAGAGUGCCCACAAGACAACCACACAUCAAUUCAUUAUGCUCUUAAACGAUUCAUGGCUAGCUCAGGAUUGGGUUUCUUUAUUUUUGGUUUGGUGGGCACUAACGUUAGGGCCAGUUACAAAAUAUUUCCCCUUCUCUCAGAAGAAAAGUAUAUAUUUGGCAAGCAUGAAAAACAGAGACUGUUUUUCUGGUAUAUUUCUUAUUGGAGAUAGGUUGAUAACAACACUGCCAUUUGUCCUGUCUUUGGGGUAUGUGCUGUCCCAGUGUUUGACAAUUUUGCCAUAUUUGGCACAGCAGUAAGCUGCGGUGGUCCGUUUGAGCCAGGCCUUUCUGCUGUUUUGCUGAUCCUGAGACGGCAGGAGGUCAACUGGACUUAUGACCACUACUCCCCACAACUCACUUCACUCAACAACAGGCAGAACUUUGUAUAAAAGAAUGAAAGCAUGGCAACUUCUAUUACUCUGCCCGCCCACCUAAUCACUCUUUGUGGUUGAUUUUGGGACAAUUUCAUAAGGGCAAUGUUAUAUAAUCUAUAACUUAAGAUCCAAUAGCAAAACAAAAAUGCACCUUACACUCUUCUGUCUCAACACAACAUCUUCUGUCAGGAGUUUUGUCCUACAUCGGCCAAUUCCAAAUAUUAAACCAAAAUUAAUGGAGCUUGUCAGGACUUUUAAGGCAGCAUUGUUUGUCUAUUUAUAGGCGUCCUAUUUGGAACAAUCACUAAAUCAUUUAAUUAAGGAAAUACUAUUAAAACCUUACAGUUGUGCUUAGAUAGCAAUGGUAUGAUUGAACAUUUACAUGGGUUUUGGGUCUGUGGGCCAGUUAAUACAUGUACUAGAAUGGUGCAUGGUGAAUGCAUGGUGAGGGAAUGUGUGUGCAUGCAAUCUACUGUGUGAUGCAGCCUGUACAUGUAUUUUCCCCAUCCCUUUUUAAAGGUGGAAAGUAGUGUGUCUAUCAUGUGUGCAUACAGGCCAUACUUGUUUUAAGUGCUCACACUCCCUGAGUACCUGUACAGAGUUAAUCCUGAAAGAUUAUGAACUGGCCUUAACACCCCACUGGUCCCAAGAAUGUUUGGGAUAUGUGUUAAAGAAAGAGAAGAUGGAAGCAUCUCCUUAAAUGUUGGGACAUGGAAAGGGCCAGGCCAGUGGAAUGGCCAGAGACAUUCAGAGUGAAUGGGUGUUUACUCCGCUCAACCCUUAGAGGUGAAUUUUUGAGAAAGUUUAUAACUGUUGGUAUUAGAAGGUGUGGUGGAGGAACAAGGAAUGCUAACUUUGCUUAUAUGUUUGCAUUUUGUUUUUAAAUUCUAUAAAACUCCACAGUAAGUAAUGGACAUAAUUAACCUCCACCACCCCAAAAAAAGGCUAUCUUUUGUAAACUAUUUCCCAUGAGAGAUUGCGAGGCCUUCAUUUUGGAUUUAUAUAUGAAAUUUGGGUCAUGGCUAUUCUAAAUAAUUAUCUUCCUCCCAUAUUGGUAGUUGCAGAGACAUCACAAUAGAUUGCAGGGAUUUGAGGGUGCAUUUUUUACAUGCAUUCAGUGGGAGUGAAAAGUAGGUCAGAUGUGGAUUUUCUUUCUGAUGCAGCAAGCCUUUGCAAAGUUUGUGAUGUUGAAAAACAUUACAAUCAUAACUUAUUUCUAUAAAAUACUUCCAAUUUUGAUUUGUGUGUGUGCAUGUGCACAGCACAAGCCAGAAUGUCAGAUUGCCCUGAGGGUGACAUCUUUGAAAGCAGACGAGUCUCCCCUUUUUCUCUCCCUGUAACAUUCAAUAAGGCAAGGUUUGUCAUCAUGUUGAAUGUUGCAACCCCUGUGCCGCCUCACUGGCUGCCACUUGCACGGGUCAAGCUAGCAACGUAAUGUAGUGUUAUGAACUCUGCUUUACUCAUCAUUAUGAAGGGUCAGCAGAAGGAAGAGUCAUGGGGUCUUCCCACCAGUGGAGGCUGGUCCAUUAGGGCCAUUGGAGCACUGCCCCACCAACCUCAGUCAGCCCUUAAUCCAGUCCUUAUCUGCCUGCUUUCUUACUUACAUCCAGGUGGUGGCACUGCCUGUCUGCUUCCUCCUCCGUAGUCUCAGUGUUGCCAUUGUAGGACCCAACAGGGGCAAAACUAGUCUUAAUUGCCUUCUCUGCCUUCCGCCCUACCAGUCUCAUUGAACACCAGCCACCAGUGCUUGCCACAAAUGUCCUCAGGGAGCAAAAAGUCUACUGGGAUAUAUUGUGGUACUAUGGCAUCACUGGUGGAUUAUGGAAUGUUUUUAAUAAUUAUCCCCCCUUUUUUUAAUUGAAAUGGCAAUAUUAAUUUUGGGUUCAGGGAUAAGCAAGUUAUACGAAGAGUCUGUUCAGUCUGGUUUAGUUAUGGGAAACAUUUCAAAACUAACUAUGUUUACAUGAAUCUGAGCAUUGGAUCCAAUUAAAGAGUCUUUAUGAUGUUUCCUAGUUUUAAUAAUGAGUAAGCAUUUAUUUUCAUGGUUGCCGUCUAAAUUUUGGUUGGCCUAUUUUGCACUGCUUCAUUUCUCCAAAAUAAACUACUGAAAUAUAA